AUUAGCCCCUGAUGGGUGGAGUAAAGCAAUCAGGAGUAAGUACAGCUCACCCGGAGCCUGCUCCUUCAGUCUGGCACAGACUCCACACAGGCACACACUCCUCAGACAGGAAGCUGAGCAGUGCUAGGUCAAAAUGACAGAACGCUACGACUGCCACUACUGCAAAGAGUCCCUGUUUGGGAAGAAGUAUGUUCUGCGAGAGGAAAAUCCCUACUGUGUGAAAUGUUAUGAAAGCCUGUACUCCAACACCUGUGAGGAGUGCAAGAAGCCUAUUGGCUGUAACACCAGGGAUCUUUCCUACAAGGACCGUCACUGGCAUGAGGAAUGCUUUAAGUGCUUCCAGUGCAAGCGCUCCCUGGUGGACAAGCCCUUCUCUACCAAGGACGAGCAGCUCCUUUGCACCGAGUGCUACUCCAACGAGUAUUCCUCCAAGUGCCAUGAGUGCAAGAAAACCAUCAUGCCAGGCUCCAGGAAGAUGGAGCACAAGGGGAACAGCUGGCACGAGACCUGUUUCACCUGCAAGCGAUGCCAGCAGCCUAUUGGCACCAAGAGCUUCAUCCCCAAGGACAACCAGAACUUCUGUGUGCCCUGCUAUGAGAAGCAGUUUGCCAUGCAUUGUGUGCACUGCAAGAAGCCCAUCACCACUGGCGGGGUGACCUACCGUGACCAGCCCUGGCACAAGGACUGCUUCCUUUGCACUAGCUGCAAGCAGCAGCUGUCUGGACAGAGGUUUACCUCCAGAGACGACUUUGCCUACUGCCUCAACUGCUUCUGCAACCUUUAUGCUAAGAAGUGUGCCUCGUGCACCACCCCCAUUAGUGGUCUUGGGGGCAGCAAGUAUAUCUCCUUUGAGGAGCGUCAGUGGCACAAUGACUGCUUCAACUGUAAGAAGUGCUCCGUGUCCCUGGUCGGCCGUGGAUUUCUCACCGAACGCGACGAUAUCCUGUGCCCAGAGUGCGGCAAAGACAUCUAAUUCAGCCCGAGUGAUGACCGUUACAUCUGACGGGAUGACCGCGUUAUGAUCAGGGAACGAUGCAGAGUUGAUAAAUUCUAUUUGAGCACAGUGCAUGACAUCUAUAACAUCGUUACUACAAAGCAAUACUAUGAAUGUACAUGAAAUACAAGCUACUAACAGUGUUCUUUGAGAUAAGAGAGUUCAUUUAAGUUAAAUGUUCACUAUUUGAGGAAAGAAAAAGUAAUUAAUAAUCAAUAAAUGUAGGCAUGAAUCUGCUGUAUUGUGCUCAUGAAGAGAAAAUGUUUCCAAGUAGAUACUGAAGUAAGGAUUCUGAGGAAAAUCUACAAUUUUACUGCACACUAUCAGCUUAAUAAUAGUAAUUACCGCUUUGUGCAUGUAAUUAGAGUUUUUGUGACGUUUAACCACUUAAAUAUUAAAAAUGCAUAUUUAUUCGUAUAAAGGAAUAAAUAUGAAUACAUUGCA